UUCCAAAUUAAAAAUUUUGAAACAAUUACUUUUAAAUAUUUUAUUGAGAUUACAACAAAACUAACGAUUGUUUACAAACACAAAAUCAGCAUUUAAGAAAUUUUUUGUGACGAUAUGAGUACGUGUGUGUGUGCUAAAAGCAAAAGUGAAUAAAUACAACAACAAUUUUGAUAUACAAUUUCAAAAUUUUUGCUUUUCUGUAUCGUGCAAGAAACUUUUAAGUUCAUGUGAUUGAAUUCAUUGCAUACUUUUAAGCUGAACAUUUCGUGCAAGUAUCACACGUUAUCCUUGCAACGGCGAGUAAUUUGAAUUGAAAGUGCUUUCAGAUUAAAAAAAGAUUCCAGAAUCACAAUGGCGAAUAAACAAAAAUCUUCACAAGAUAAGAAUAAGAUGUGCGAAGUUGAUGAUAAUAUAUCGAAGAUUUUUGAUUUUAAAAAGCGUUUGGGUAAAGGAGCCUACGGUGUUGUUUGGAAAGCCGUUGAUAAGCGCACCAAUGGCACAGUAGCCGUGAAGAAGAUAUUCGAUGCAUUUCGUGAUGAAACUGACGCACAACGCACUUUCCGUGAAAUAAUUUUUUUGAAUGCUUUCCGAAGUCAUCCAAACGUUGUUAGUCUGCACAAUGUCUAUAAAGCUUCGAAUAAUUUAGAUAUUUAUCUGAUAUUUGAGUUUAUGGAGAGUGAUUUGCAUAACAUAAUUAAAAAAGGACAUAUACUCAAGGAUGUUCAUAAGAGAUAUGUUAUGUACCAACUACUUAAUGCCGUGAAGUACUUACAUUCUGGAAAUGUCAUACACAGGGAUCUCAAACCGAGUAAUGUAUUAAUUGACUCGAAGUGCAGAUGUAAAUUGGCAGAUUUUGGUUUAGCCCGUUCUGUGUCCUUUAAAGCGAAUCGCGGCGUAGAGGAAAGUAAUACCAGUGAAAUAGAUCUUCAACCGUUGCUAACAGAUUAUGUAGCUACAAGAUGGUAUAGGGCACCUGAAAUAUUGGUUGCAAGUAAAAGAUACACUAAGGGCAUUGAUAUGUGGAGUUUAGGAUGUAUUCUAGGAGAAAUGCUACGUGGUAAGCCGUUAUUUCAAGGCACUAGCACUGUCAAUCAGAUUGAAAAAAUUAUAAAUGCCCUGCCAAAAAUAACGCAAUUCGAAAAGAACGCGCUUGGGGUAGCAUUUGGUUCUUCGCUUCUGGAUAAACAAUCAACCGAAAAAAAAACUUCACUGGAUGAAUUGUUAUACGGUGCUUCCAAAGACGGAAUUGAUAUGGUUAAAAAACUACUGGUGUUCGAUCCAUUUUAUCGUCUUAAUGCAGCUCAAGCACUUGAUCAUUCUUAUGUUGAAAGGUUUCGUAGCAAAUCGGAGGAACAGGUUCUUAAUAUGGAUAUUGUACCCCCUGUUCGUGAUGACGUAAGACUAACAGUACCAGAAUACCGAUCAAAAUUAUAUGAAAUCGUGCAAAAUAAACAUGAAAAACCCAAUCAUUUACGACAGAAUUUAUACGGUUCGAAGAGUGGUAAUGUAAAACAAAGCAGGGAACAUAAGGUAAAAAAGAGUACAGAGUAUAUAGAACCAACUGGAGUGCUGUACAGGAACACAAAAAGUUCUCAACAGUUCCCAACAGAUGGUCAUACUGAAAAGGACGUUGCUAAACCAAAAAAAUCAGACCAUAUCGGUAAUGGUGCUAUCAAGAUCAAAAGCAAUAUUAAUAGCCAUUUACAACCUCAGGUGGAUCUAGCAAAGCGUCAACCGACCAAACAUCCUAAACCAUCGUCCACUACUAUGAAUUUAUCACCAAAGAAGAAGUCAGUAUUAUCUAAACCUCCAAAUGAUUAUUUACCUCCCAAUGUAUUCAAAGAAAACUCACGUAAUGCGAAUUCAAAGCUCCAUGGCUCAUCAUUAGAAAACAAUCGCAAGAAGCUACAAUCCCGCCAUUCCAUAGAUGUUAUCUUAUCAGCUGAGAAGGCUGUUGCCAUUAAGCGUGAACUGAGGCAACAACAACAUCAACAGGACGCGAUGAAUAAGGAAAAAGAGCUGAUACAAAAUAAAAUAUCAAAGAAAUGCGAGCAGCUCCAAUGUGAAUUAGGCAAAGAGCAGCAACCCACAAAAAAUCCAGUUAAGAGCAAGCAAAUUACACUAUCUAACGAUAAAAAAAAGGAAGAUUCACAAUCAGCUACAAAGGAUCAAUCAGCAACAAAAUUUGAAAUAAAGAAGAAUAAAAUACAUCGCCGGGAAGUUCACAAUUCUUUUGAAAAAUAUGAAAAGGAAUGGGAAGACAAUAAGUAUAAUACACUGCCAGAAACAACAAGUAAACAGGAAGAUUGCACUCAUCUAGACGAUCGUCUGCACCAGAGUACACCGGCUUUCGCAUGCACAGAAAACAAUGUUCAGCCUCUACGAACUUGUUUUUCGGAUCUCUUGGCAGAGUCUAAAAAAUAUCCAAAAUGUUUAUAUAAACGCGUUGAUUUAUUAGAAUAUCAAGUCGAAGAGUAUAAAAGAGAUUUAUUCAAAUAUUGUGAAGAGGAGCAGAAGAAUGCAAAGUGUGCUAAUAGAGAAUGCAACGAAGUACCACAAGCUACUGAAAAAUUUUCAACGAAAUUACCGAAUAAAGUAAAUGAACUUCACAAAAAUGACCACCCGUAUAAUUCUUUCGGAAACCCGACUACUGAGCCGAAAAUAAAAAAGAAGUCUAUAAAAAAAAAUAUACUGAAUAUGAUGCACAUUGCCGCCCAACAUAUUAAUAUUAACAAGCACAGAAAUGAGGAUAGAACUAAAAGCGGCGAAAUCGAAUUAGAAAAAUCAACUAACGUUGAACGGAGUAAGUUAUAUAAUAAAACGGAUCAAAACUUUUGGCAAUACGACCAAAACCGAAAGGCUUCUAAAGUUUACCGGUAGUAAGUUUAUAACUGGAUAGUAAUUUUCCAUUUCUUCUAGCCAAUAACUACUUGGGGACCAUAUAUUUUUGAUAUUAUUGGAAGAAAAUGGUUAUAAAUUAAAAUCUAGUUCU